UCAGCGUAGGAUGACUGGAAGUGGAUGUGUCACUUCCAGGCCAAGGCAGCUGUGAACUGCAGUGUCUUUGGAGACCACAUGUCCUAGAUGAUACAAUUACAAGCUGGACCUGGUCACCAGCCCACGUCAGCCUUCGCGUGAAUGAGAGGUCAACCAGAAUCAACCAUGUCUGGGAAUGAGGACGCAAUCUUUGGAGGACGUGACCGCCAUCCUGCUGGUGGCAAUUCUGUAUUAUGCUUUGGACAGUGCCAGUACACAGCAGAGGAGUACCAGGCCAUUCAGUGUGCUCUGAGACAGAGGCUGGGUCCAGAAUACAUAAGUAGCCGCAUGGCUGGAGGAGGCCAGAAGGUGUGUUACAUUGAGGGUCAUAGGGUAAUUAAUCUGGCCAAUGAGAUGUUUGGUUACAAUGGCUGGGCACACUCAGUCACACAGCAGAACGUGGAUUUUGUUGACCUCAACAAUGGCAAGUUCUACGUGGGAGUCUGUGCAUUUGUGAGGGUCCAGUUGAAGGAUGGUUCAUAUCAUGAAGAUGUGGGUUAUGGUGUUAGUGAGGGCCUCAAGUCCAAGGCCUUGUCUUUGGAGAAGGCAAGGAAGGAGGCAGUGACCGAUGGGCUGAAGCGCGCCCUCAGGAGUUUUGGGAAUGCACUUGGAAAUUGUAUCCUGGACAAAGACUAUUUGAGGUCACUAAAUAAGCUUCCACGCCAGUUGCCUCUGGAAGUGGAUUUAACUAAAGCGAAGAGGCAAGAUUUUGAACCAUCUGUGGAACAGGCAAGAUAUAAUAGCUGUCAACCAAACAUGGUGCUGGGACACCCAAAACCACAGAAAGUGACCUCCCCUUGCAGACCAUGCCACCCAGAUGACGCCCACAUUGUGAUACAGGGGGAAAAGGACAGCAGCUCCCGACACCUGACCUCAUCCACUGUGGAUAGUGAUGCCACAUACCAGCGGAAGCUCCGGCAAAAGCAGCUGCAGCAGCAGUUCCGGGAGCAAAUGGAGAAACAGGAGCAAAUGGAGAAACAGCAGCAAGUUCAAACAUCUGCCCCAUCAGCUGAAAAGAAGAGUGAGGCAGCGCUUGUGGCCCCUCCUCUGACGCACAGCACUCCUGUAACUGCUAUCUCAGAACCAGUCACUGAGAAAGACUGCACAUCAGAGAAUCUUGACAGUCUUGAAAUGUGGGAUCUGACUCCCGAUGUACUGGACAGUGUCGUCAAACCCUUGUUUGGACCAGAACCACCUCCGACGUCAGACAUACUAGCAUCGAACAACCAGAUGAUGACCUCAAACAGGACCCCACAUAGCCUUUGCAACCAGAAGCCACAAGCAAAAUCAGGACCCUGGCAACCUCAAACUUGCAGCACUAACCAGCAUGUAACAGGUAACUGGGAAUCUCUUAAGAGCCAGGACAUGAAGAAAAGGAAAUUGGAUCCAUCUUAACUGAGGCUCAGCCUACAUCAUUGGGACUCUUAUCACAAAGGGAUUUUGGAAAACUACUUUUUGGUCACAUUGGUCAUCGUUCCUGGAGAGUGAACUUCAUUUCAAGAGUUUACCUUGCCUCAUUCUGCACCUUAUCUGAGGAUUAUGAGUCUAUUGUAGUUAAUAAAGCUGAGUGCCAUUAAAAAGCUUGUUGCACGCUGUAGUGGGAAGGUGCUGGACAGAUGAAAUACCUCUUCUUUGGCUCUUGUGGCUUUCACUAUUUAUUCCUAGGCUAUUAUGUUAAUAAAGAUAGACAUUUUGGGAAUCACAGCUGGCUGCCUGUCCUCAAGCAAUAGAGGCCAGACUUGGUACUAGGCACUAGCUUUAACAACUGCCAACAUUAAAUUGUUUGAAAUAAUCUGUUUCCUUUUCCUUUAGGAAAGUGUCCACAUAAGUACUGUAUUUCAUGAAAGGAAUAAGGUUGAGGUAGUCCUUUUACUACUUGUUAUCCAACAAGGC